UCAGACCAGAGGGACAGAGCUGGGGACCAAAGGACCAGACAGCUGCAGGGCUCUGCCAGCCAUCGAUGGCGACACCUUGGGGCGUGGGGACCCUGCUCCUUCUGCUCCUGGCCUCAGGCGAGGGGGCAGGCCCUGAAGAGCCCCGCAACUUCUGUCUUGGGGUGGACAUCCAGGACCAGUACGACCCCUUCUACUUGAACCGCACCGGGGAGUGCUUUGCCAGGUGCCUGCAGCUGGGGAAUGUCUCCUGCAACCCUGAAAAGCUGGAGAGAUACUGGCUACACUACGAGUUCUACCUGGUGGAGAAGAAUUUGGAGGACAGAGUGGAUAUGCCUUUUGUGAAGGCUUUGGUCCAGAACUUCAGCACCGACACCUCGGAAGAUCUGCUUUUCUCUCUGAAACCCUCUCAGAUUCCGAGGCAGGUGAUGAUGGGCGAGGACAAGCCCCCUGACAGAGUCCGACUUCCCAGGAGCUUUUUCGCCUCCCUGCCGGGCAGCAGGUCUGCAGUCCGGUUGGCCAUAUCUGUUCUGGACAUCGGUGCUGGAGACCUCUUCAAGGGCCCCCAGCUUCGCCUGGAAGAUGGCAGCAGUGUGUUGAACAACCACAUGGUGGGCUUGAGUGUGGGUCGCACCCCUGUCACCAGGCUGCCAGAGCCUCUGGAGAUCACCUUCUCCCACCAGCGUCAGCCCCCGAACGCGACCCUCACCUGUGUGUUCUGGGAUGUGAAUAAAGGGCCUGCAGGGGACUGGGACUCCAAGGGCUGCUCCACCGAGCUCGGAGCUGAGGGGACUGUCUGCCACUGUGACCACCUGACCUUCUUCGCCUUGCUGUUGAGGCCCGUCUUGGACCGGGCCACCGUGCAGGUCCUCACUCACAUCUCCCAGGCAGGCUGUGGAGUCUCCAUGAUCUUCCUGGCCUUCACCAUUGUCCUCUAUCUUACCCUGAGAGCCUGUGAGCUGGGCUUGGAAUACCAGGAAGAAUGUCACCAAGAUGGGGCCUGGCAACUUAGGAGAGGUGGACAUUUAUCCCUCAUGCCCCCUCCAGGAAGCCCCACACUCCCAUUCCUCAGGUUCUCCCUGCAGAGAUUCAAGUCCGAAGAUGCCCCCAAGAUCCACGUGGCCCUGAGUAGUAGCUUGUUCCUCCUGAAUCUGGCCUUCCUGGUCAGCGUGGGCAGCGGCUCGGCGGGGUCCCGUGCUGCAUGCUGGAUCCGGGGAGCCAUCUUCCACUACUUCCUGCUCUGCACCUUCACCUGGAUGGGCCUGGAAGCCUUCCACCUCUACCUCCUCGUCAUCAAGGUCUUCAACACCUACUUCGGCCAUUACUACCUGAAGCUGAGCCUGGUGGGCUGGGGCCUGCCCGCCCUCAUGGUCAUUGGCACCGGCAGUGCCAACAGCUAUGGCCUUUACACCAUCCGCGACCAGGAGAACCGCACCUCUCUGGAGCUGUGCUGGUUCCAGAAAGAGCCUGCCCUCUACGCCACUGUCCACGGUUACUUCCUCAUCACCUUCCUCUUUGGUGCCGUGGUGCUGGCCCUGGUGGCCUGGAAGAUCUUCACCCUGAGCAGUGUCACAGCCGGCAAGGAGCAGGGGCAGAGCUGGAAGGCCGUCCUCACCAUCCUGGGCCUCUCAAGCCUAGUGGGUGUGACCUGGGGGCUGGCUGUCCUCACGCCCCUGGGUCUGUCCACCAUCUAUAUCUUCGCCCUCUUCAACUCCCUGCAAGGUGUCUUCAUCUUCUGCUGGUUUGCCAUCCUCUACCUCCCGGGUCAGAUCUCCACGCCUUCUUCCUCGGGGGGCACUGGCCGGCUGGACCAGGCCCCCUCUGUGUCCCACGAGUAGGUGGCCACGGCCCUGCGCCCAGACUCACCUCCCAUCUGCUGUGUGCCCUCAGCAGCUGCUGCGGAUGCAGGGGCCUCGGUUGCUUCCUCUUUACGGCGCAGCAGAAGAGGAAACGGGUUGGAUCCUGUGGCCUCAAAGGUCCCGUCCAGAUAUGUCCACAGAUCCGAGAGUCCCCGGAUGCAGAUGUGCAAGGGAUUUAGGCCUACAGUCCUGAGACCACCCCCGCCCCCAAGAGCAAAGAGCACACCUUCACCGCCGGCCCGGCCUCCCUAGUGAGCACCCGCUGGCCUCUGUCCACCUCUGGUGUCGCUGGGUCCUGAUCCCAGAGAGUGGGUCGUGGCAGGGCAGCAUGUGGAACGGGCCCCGGCCUCCCUGCUCCUCCCUGUGUGACUGGCCCCCCACCUCUGCUUUGGUCCUGGUGAGGGACAUUCAGGAGGUCAUUGUCCCCUGGGGCACUGGGGGAGUCGUGGACUGGAGGUUUGUUUUAGGGGUGGGUCAGUCCUCCAGCCUAGCCUGUCCUGGGCCCAUCCUCGAGGAGCAGACCCCACCAUGCAGGGAACUGCCAGCCCUCCAGGCCCCCCAGGGGCAUUGAACCUCAGAGGCCACUUAGUGUGUGUCAACCGGGAGCCCUCCCUCCCCCUUCGUGACUGCCUGGUGGGUGGGCCAGUCGACCUCAGAUCUGCUGUCACUGUGGGGCGGGGGUCAUGGGUCCAGGCUCCCCACAGCUAUUCAUUCAGUGUGUGGGACUCAGGAGAGAGGGGGAGAGGGAUCGUGGGGCAGAGGUGGGCAUUUCUGAGAGUCUGAGCUCCUAAGGGCAGGGACCAGAACAGCUUGGCUCCUCCAUCAGCCCAGCUGAGCACAGGGCUGGGCCCGUGUUGAGCCAAAUAUCGGCACCAAUAAGAUUUCAAUAAAUCUUUGUUGGCUGAACAAA